ACUCGAGAUGCUAGCUCGGGCACACGGACUGUCCCUUGUCCCAUCUACAGGCCUUUGCUCGCCUGACAUGGUCAACAGAGUCAUCAAACAAGAGCCUGUGCUGGACAACUGCAACCAAGACCUCCUGCCGCACCACACAGACCUGUCUUGCACUACCACCCUCGAUCUCACGGACGGCACCAUCACCUUCAGUGACAACCUCGGAAACGUGACUGAACCAGCUGGCACUUACAGUGUUCCUGCAAAAAUGGGAUCCAAACUGGAAGAUAUCCUGAUGGACGAUACCCUCUCCCCCGUCGGAGUAACUGACCCGCUACUUUCCUCUGUGUCUCCUGGAGCAUCCAAGACGAGUAGCAGGCGGAGCAGCGUGAGCAUGGAGGACACCGAUCACGCUUGUUAGCAUCUACUUGGCACACCUUUCAUAAACUGCUUUGUUUCUUGAUCAGUAGAUUAAAUAAUUUACCUUUUGUAGAAUUUUUUGAUUUUCUUUUUUCCCCUUGUGCUUCAUCAGUAGCCCAGUGUGUGCGCGUGUAUAUAUUAUAUAUAUAGGAUUUUUUUUAGAAUUUUUGUGAAGAAACUUGUAUAUUCUAUUUUAAAAACUACCAAUGCCUCCAAAAUAUUGUACAGCAUAUGUACAGUAUCUGUGAACUGGAUUCGCCAAGAACUUUGAACUGGUCAAAUCUACUCAAAGCAAUAGAAUUACAGAAGAAGAGUCUGUUUCUACUGGGGGUGGGGGUGGGGGAAUCGUAGAAUUGUAAAUGCCACCUAUUUACUUGGAAACAAAAUGUAAAGUUAAAGAAUGUAAAGAAACCAAAAAAGAAACAAGGUCCAAUUUGUAAUUGUAUUAAUUGACGAGUGCUGCCUUAAAGAUACAGUGUCCCUCAGACGUUGGUCUUCACAGGGCAGGUGUUUAGGGAGAAGCACCCACCCUGCUCCACUCAGACUACAAACAACAAAAAGAGGUGUUAAGACGUGUUGAUUGUGAUAUAAAACGCUGUUGCUGCAGAUUGCAGGGCGAUGCGAGUCUCGUUCUCAGAGUGCUCUUCAGUUUUACUCUGAGCUGAUUUGGGUUUUCCUUUUGGUCAUAGUUCGAGGUGUACUCUUAGAUUUUUGUUUUCUGACACGCAUUGACGGCUUACCACCGGUACACCAAGCGGGAGCACUGCGAGCUGGUACAUGCUCUUUGGACAGCAAAAAAUGGAUGGGUUUUUAUCAGCUGGGCACAUUAUGUUGUACAUAUCUAAUUGGCUUUAUUUUUUUUUUUAAUUGCGUUGUACAGUUUAUUUUGCUUUGCAUGGAUUCCUUAGUUAUCCUCAACUUUUUGUUUUAAAUAUAUUUGUAUUUCCUUUGUAAGAUUUUUUUGCCUCAAUAUUGCAACAGUUUUUUGACAUUUUUAAAACUCAUUGGAAGUUUUCGGCGUUCUUUGUAAAACACUUGAAAGGAAGCUUUUAUGCAGGGUUCUGUGUUUUAAGAGAGAUUUUGAGAAUAUUUUGUAUAUUACAGUCUCACUUUGAAAAUGUUUUUAAACACAUUUAAGGUAGAGUACAGAUUUAGAUUAGGUAAUGAAACGGCUCUGUAGAGAAACGGAACUUACGUAUUUAUUUUUAGUGAUACAGAAAAAAGUAGUAAUAUGCUUGGAAACAUAACUGUGUAGUUAAUAUACCCGUUAUAGUAAUUUGUGUUUUAUUUCAGCACUGGGGC